AUGACUGCCUGCGGGUCCUGCGGAACAACUUCUGAAGUUGACGAACAGAUGAUUGGGUGCGAUAACUGCGACCGCUGGUUCCAUACGCGGUGCGUGGGCGUUACGGCAGAAGCGGCGAAGGAGAACAAGUGGUUCUGUCCGUCCACCGAGUGCCAACAGCAGUACAGUGAGUACCUAAAGAAGCUAGAGAAGGAGGAAAAGAAGAAGAAGAGUAGUAAGAAAAAUAAAGCGGUAGGGGAAGAGUUCGAUAGGGCUAGUAAUAAGUCAUCUAAGUCAGUCAAUGAUUCCGGGUCAGAGUUGGAAAAACGUUUGAAGGAGUUAGAAGAUGAACAGCAGGCGAAAGAGAGGAAGAUGGAGAUUGAGAUGAUCAUUCUUCAGAAGCGGAUUGAGAUGGAGACGGCGUUAAAAGAGAAGAAAAUGAAGCUAGAGAACGCGAUUAGGGCGAAACAGCGGCAUGAUGAGAAGGUGCUCAUGGAGAAGGCCCUAUCAGACGAGAAGAAACAUCUGGAGGAGUUGAAGAAGAUGCGUGACUCUUUCGAAGUAAAGAUGUGUAGUGUGCGGAAGGAAGUAAAGGAAAUGCAGUUGAAAGAAGAAGGCAGCCAGACGAAGGAGAAGGCUCUGGGAACGCCUCUCAGAAAUCCAGAGGUAGUGGUACAAAAGCAGUUAGAAAAGGAGCAGAAGGAAAAGAAGAAGAUAGUCUCUCGGCGCGAGCAAGAGUCAGAUGACAGUGAGGAAGACUCCGUGGAAGAAGAAGAGGAAGAAGAAGACACCGUUUCGGAUGAAGAAAGUGAAGAAGAAUCUGAACAGCGUAGGGCGCCGACAAGGGCACAGAUGGCGGCGAGGAACGGAGUAACAAAGAAGCUCCCGGUGUUCACCGGCAGACCGGAGGAAUGGCCAUUGUUUAUCGGCACGUACGAGGCAUCCAACGAGGCGUGUGGAUUCACCGACGUCGAGAAUCUCGUGCGGCUGCAGGAAAGCCUGAAUGGGCCAGCAUUGGAAAGUGUUCGAGGGCAGCUGUUGUUCCCGAAAUCUGUUUCGAAGUUUGCGAAGCGAACGUUUCUGUUGACUUCAAGCCCGAGGCGAAACCAGGAAGCUUCGGCUUCGGGAAAGGACGGAAUAAGCAGAGAGGUGCUGUUUACAAUCAUAGCGUUAUGGAGUCGGUCGUCAAUGUGCCGGCCACAGUGGAAUCUAGACAAAGGGCAUGCAAGGCUUGUAAGCGAACUGACCAUCUGA